UCUGUGACUCUCCUUUCCUUCAUCCAUGGAGUUCCAGGUGGCACCACGGUGCUGGUGGAGCUGACCCCUGACCUCCACAUCUGUGGCAUCUGCAAGCAGCAGUUUAACAACCUGGAUGCCUUUGUUGCUCACAAGCAAAGUGGCUGCCAGCUGAGUAGCACGGCGGGGCCGGCCCCCAGCACGGUCCAGUUUGUGUCGGAGGAGACAGUGCCAGCCACCCAGACGCACACCACCACCAGAACCAUCACCUCGGAGACCCAAACCAUCACAGUUUCAGCUCCAGAAUUUGUUUUUGAGCACGGCUAUCAAACUUACCUCCCCACGGAAAGCAAUGAAAACCAAACAGCCACAGUCAUCUCUCUGCCUGCCAAGUCACGUGCCAAAAAACCCUCAGCCCCACCUGCUCAGAAAAGGCUGAACUGCUGCUAUCCAGGUUGCCAAUUCAAGACUGCUUACGGCAUGAAAGACAUGGAGCGCCACUUGAAAAUCCACACUGGCGACAAGCCCCACAAGUGUGAGGUCUGCGGCAAGUGCUUCAGCCGCAAGGACAAGCUCAAGACACACAUGCGCUGCCACACGGGCGUGAAGCCCUACAAGUGCAAGGCCUGCGAGUAUGCAGCGGCCGACAGCAGCAGCCUCAACAAGCACCUGCGGAUCCACUCGGACGAGCGGCCCUUCAAGUGCCAGAUCUGCCCCUACGCCAGCCGCAACUCCAGCCAGCUCACCGUGCACCUGCGCUCCCACACAGCUUCAGAGCUAGAUAACGAUGUGCCAAAGCCAGCUUGUCCCCCCACGGCCGGCAGUGACACCCAGAAAACCCCCGUCACGGCCCCUUCCUCGGAAUCCAGGGAGCCAGCAGCGACCCUUGGAGAGCGGACGUUCAACUGUUGCUACCCAGGCUGUCACUUCAAAACUGUCCAUGGCAUGAAGGAUCUCGACCGCCACCUCAGAAUCCACACGGGCGACAAACCGCACAAGUGUGAGUUCUGUGACAAGUGCUUCAGCCGGAAGGACAACCUGACAAUGCACAUGAGGUGCCACACCAGCGUGAAGCCCCACAAGUGCCAUCUGUGUGACUACGCGGCCGUGGACAGCAGCAGCCUCAAGAAGCACCUGCGGAUCCACUCGGACGAGCGGCCGUACAAGUGCCAGCUCUGCCCCUACGCCAGCCGCAACUCCAGCCAGCUCACCGUGCACCUGCGCUCCCACACAGGGGACACCCCCUUCCAGUGCUGGCUCUGUAGCGCCAAGUUCAAAAUCAGCUCGGACUUGAAACGGCACAUGAUCGUGCACUCGGGGGAGAAGCCCUUCAAGUGCGACUUCUGUGACGUGCGCUGCACCAUGAAGGCGAACCUCAAGUCGCACAUCCGCAUCAAGCACACCUUCAGGUGCCUGCACUGCAGCUUCCAGGGCCAGGACCGCGCCGACCUGCUGCAGCACAGCCGGCUGCACCAGGCCGACCACCCCGAGAAGUGCCCGGAGUGCAGCUACUCGUGCGCCAGCAAGGCGGCCCUGCGCGUGCACAGCCGCGUGCACUGCAAGGACCGCCCCUUCAAGUGCGACUUCUGCAGCUUCGACACCAAGCGGCCCAGCAGCCUGGCCAAGCACAUGGACAGGGUGCACAGGGACGGGGCCAAGACGGAGAACCGGGCUCCGCAGGGCAGAGACGGGGCCCGGGAGGGUGGCUCCCCGCACGUGGCCAAAAUAGUGACCCAGCGGGCCUUCCGCUGUGAGAUCUGCGGCGCCUCCUUCGUCAGGGACGACUCUCUGCGCUGCCAUAAGAAGCAGCACAGUGACCAGAACGAGAGCAAGAACUCGGACCUGGUCACUUUCCCCCCUGAAAGCAGCGCCCCGGGGCAGCUGGGCGCUCUGGUCUCGGUGGGUCAGCUGGAGGCGGCCCUGGAGGCCAGCCAGUGCCUCUAGCCCAGCCCCUCUGGGGGGGGCUGUGCCCCCUGCAGCCUCCGGAGGUGGCGUCUGCAGCCACAGGGCACCAGGACAGCCGUCCCCGCGGUGACAGAGUCCCCCAAUUUGACUUGGUCGGGUAAGGGGGACGGGGUGACCUUGGAGUGCCCGUUUCUCUAGAAAGGAUGGCUCCCUGUGGAUUCCAUCCAUUUCCGAAAGCGCUCCAUCUCCGAUGGAACGAUUAAACCACGUGGGAAGCCGCCGCCAAACUGACCUGGACACUGAUCGGGAUGAGCCAGACACAGAUGAGCGCCCGGCGCGGAGGGCCUCGGGCGCGGACAGGGGCUGUUGCUAACCCGGUGGUGGGAAGGGCGUUUGUCUUACACAUUUUUGUGUGGUUCCCUUUAUCUCUUGUCUUAUAAUAAAAGGCACACUGGCU